AUGAGCCCGCAAAGUAUAGUGGCGAAACAAUUGCUGCGGCAGUCGACGCUGCAGCCGCGACUGAAGCUUCCGGCUGGCAGGAUUGUGUCGCUUGAGGAGGGUCGACGCUUGGCACGCCUGGUGCACGAGGAGGAGGAGCACACGGCUGCUACCAGUCUGGCUGCCGCGGAGAAUCGCUCCCUGAGUUCGCCUGUCGUUCUGGAGGAGCAGGUCUCAAAGCGCAUUUUGCUGCUUCGACGGAAAAAUAAUAGUGCCGCCAAUAUCAAGGCUGCUGUAGCUUACGCCCAGCGUAGCAAAGGGUCGAGUGCAGCGGGAAAGAUAGACACUGAGGUGCGGGACAUAGCCGCUAAGUUGCUGCGUAAAGAUCAGUCCAGCCGCGCUGCGUUGAGGGAACGCCAUGGGCGCAGCAAAGGUGCGAGGAAGCGAAAGGGCCCCUCACAUAAGUGA